CUUCGCUACAAAUACAGGAGGAUUUAGAUGAAGGAAUCAUUAAAAGAGAAGCUGUUUUCAGUUUUAUUCGUCUGCAUUCAAAUUCGGUGACCUUUAUGGUGGAUUUUUGGAUAUGACCUUGGUUGGGUACAUGCUUACAACACUAGACACCGCCUGCAUUAAAUUUCCACCAUUUUUCAUAUGAGUCCUGUUAUUGUCGCGAUGGAGCAACCGUCGUAUAAAAGACCGUUUUGCUCGGACAGCUUCUUCAAUCUUACAGAAGUUUGGGGAUCGGAUUUCAAGUUGUCAGAGUGUUUCCAAUUUUCUAUGCUUACAUUUCCUGGAUUAACCUUGUUUUGCAUGUUUAUACUGUCCGUGCUAUUCGAAAAACACACGUGGAACCUUCCUAUUGCUUUGAUAAAAUUCGGAAUUUUACAAUGUCUUCGAAUGGUUCUUUGUUCUGGAAUUGCUGUAUGUGUAAUUAUAUUACUGGUAUCAACCAUAUGUAUGGAGGUUUUCUACUCUCUUCCUAUUGACUCUGUGCAGUACUUCUCCAUGACCAUUUUGUUUGUCUCAGUUGUUUCUCAUAUGCUAUUAGUCGAGUAUAAACGCCGUGCUUGUCAACCACGCUCACAAAUGCUGUUUGCUUUUACGUGCUUAAUAAUUGUAUGCAUGUUACCCCGUCUUUAUGGUCUAUUAUAUGCUGGAAAAGGAUGGUCGGACCAAUUUACAUUUUACUGGAUUCAUGCAGCUACCAUCUCUGUCUAUAUAUGUCUAGCUUUUGGAGAGCUGCUUAUUCAGUUUUUCUCACCGUUUAAUGAACAAAAUUCUUUGCUUGAUGACAAAGACGCCUGUCCAGAGUUAUGGGCCUCUGUUCCGGCUUUAUGGACUUUCAGUUGGUUGACAAGUACUAUUUGGAAAGGAUUUCGAGGUCAAAUUAACAGUCCUUCAAAUAUGUUUCAUAUACGUCCUGAAGAUUCAGUUAAUGAAAGUUAUGGUCGAUUUAAGCGUGCCUGGCGUAGAUCCUAUAAUCUUUGGUUCACGAGAAAGAAAUCAGAAACGCCAUUUUCAAAUGUUAUGGAUGAUGAUGUGCCGUUGUUGACGGACUUUGAAGAGAAUAAUGAAGAUACUGAAAAUGUCUCAAAUGAUGCAAAUAUGUUGAAUGCAACACCUGAUGUUGAUAUCUUGUCACCAUCUACUACUAAUAACAACUCAAACUCACAUAAUCUAGAAGUAUGUAAGCAGAGUACAAUUAAAGCCAGUCCUGCACGUGCCACAUGGGGAUUAUUCUAUGCUCUUAUUUCAUCUUUUGGUUUGCGUCUAUUUUGCGGGUGGAUUUUAAUCUCGGCUGCUGUAUUCUUCAACUACAGCUCACCAUUGUUACUCGGGAUGUUACUUCGAUUUCUUUCCAAACCUGAAGCUCCAUCAUGGCAAGGAUAUUUUAUUGCAUUUUCAAUGCUAUUUCUUCAGUCAAUAUCAGUUUUGGUGGAUCAAAAGGGUUUUUACUCUUGUUUAUCCUUGGGAAUAUCUGUUCGAUCAGCCCUUACAUCUGCAAUUUAUCGAAAAUCUCUUCGAUUAUCUUCUGAAGCUCGAAACCAGUAUACAACGGGGGAAUUAAUAAAUUUGCUCAGUGUUGAUGUGAAUCGUAUAAAAGAACUUUUUAUGUUCUCGUUCCUUGUUUGGGAUGCACUCAUUGAAUUUGGUUUGUCGUUUAUUUUGUUAUGGCGUCAACUUGGUUCAGCUGCGAUAGCUGGUGUUGGAUUUUUGUUGCUAGUAUUGCCACUUAAUUGUUUACUGAUAUGGGCUACUCAAAAAUUUGAGAUUCGUGAAAUGAAAUAUAAAGACAAGCGUAUGAAAUGCUUAGGCGAAGUGCUUGCUGCUAUACGUGUGGUUAAACUUUAUGCAUGGGAAAAGGCGUUUCAAUCUCAAGUCAAGUCAAUUCGUCAAUCUGAACUAAUUGAACUAUUACGUGUCGCCUUAGGCUGGGGUCUAUGCCAUGUUGUUUGGAAUUUGGCUCCGUAUAUUAUUUUAUUGAUAACGUUUGUUACUUAUUUAAGAGAGUUCUUAUUCGCCAACCACAAUGUAUUGUUAGAUAAUUGGGUCGGAAAUACCACUGAUAUCCCUACACCUCAAUUGUUAACACCUGAACGGAUUUUUGUCAGUGUCAGUUUGUUCAAUUUACUACGUAGUCCACUACUUCUUUUGCCAUGGAGUCUUUCAUCUUCAAUAAUGGCCUUUGUUUCGAUUCGCCGCCUUGGUUUAUUUCUUUUAGCUGAUGAGUUAGAGUAUUAUUCCUCUGAUAAAAACUCCUAUUCUCUUGAUGAAAAGUCAACAGAUGCUGUUACUCUUGAGAAUGCUUCGUUUUCAUGGACUAAAACUGGUCCAUUGACAUUACGAAAUUUGAAUGUACGCAUCUCUCGUGGGUGGCUUGUCGCAGUCGUUGGCAACGUAGGUUCUGGAAAGUCAUCUUUCUUAUCAGCCUGUCUGUCUGACAUGUUCAAACGAAGUGGAAAGGUUUCUAUUAAAGGUUCCAUUGCUUAUGUUUCACAAACAGCUUGGAUACAACAACAAUCUCUACAAGAAAAUAUUCGUUUUGUCACAUCCAGCGAUCCUACUCAGUCAAAUCCAGUUGCAGAGCAAAUUGAAGAAUUAUGGUAUAAAAAUGUUGUAUCUGCAUGCGCUCUUGAAACAGAUAUUGCUCAUCUUCCCGCUGGUGAUAAGACAGAAAUUGGUGAGAAAGGUGUCAAUUUGUCAGGAGGUCAAAAACAACGCGUUAGUUUAGCUAGAGCUGUAUAUCAGCGUUCAGAUAUAUAUCUGCUAGAUGAUCCAUUAUCAGCAGUCGAUACACAUGUUGCGAAACAUUUAUUCGAUAACGUUUUAGGUCCAAAUGGUCUUCUAAAAGAUAAAACUAGAAUCAUGACAACUAAUUCAUUUCAUUGGCUAUCUUCUGCUGAUUGGAUUAUUGUUCUUAACACUAAUGGUGAAAUCACUCAAUCUGGAACUUAUAAUGAGGUUGUAAAUAAUAACUCUGGUCAUUUUGCUAAUUAUCUAGAGUCUAUCAAGAAAGAUAAGAUAAAUGAUGAAACAAUGAAUGAAAGUAACCAUAGAAAGUCUUCAUUUACAACUCGCUUUAGUCGGUCAUGUAGCGUGGUUGUUCCGCAUAGUUCAUCUCAUCCUAUCGGAAUUUUGUCUCGAAGUCCACCAUUGAAUGCAACAAAAAAAUUAUCCCUAGAAUCAUCUGUUUCCUUUUUAAAACCCAUUAAUUUCACUGAUGUUACUACUUACAAUACUACUUCAAAGCAUGACAAUAAUGAGCAAAUAAUGCCUACUGGUGAAGCACUAAAUGAUUUGAUCGAUUUUAGAUCUGAGCAGGAGGUGACUCAUCGUCGUUCUCCAACUAGCAUAAGUAUUACAGAUUUGAAUGCUAGCUCAUCAGAUGAUGAUAAAUUUGAAAAUGAUGAUCUUGAACAUGGAAAAUUCAUGACUGAUGAAGAAAUUAUGCACGGUCAUGUGUCGUGGUCAGCCUACUGGGAGUAUUUCCGUGCUCGGAGCGUAUCUGUAACGUUUAUCAGUGUUCUGUCUUAUGUGGGAUUCUUAGGUGUACAGGCAUUUUGUAGUUAUUGGUUACAAUGGUUUGCAGAUGACCAACAAUUGAUUGAAGCUGAACAAGCCUUUCAAAAUACUACUAUAAUUAGUAAUGAAACUGCUCGUCAGAUAUUAAUAGAACAGAUUAAAGAUAGGAUAUUAUAUUAUAUUAUAGGUUAUGCAUGGGCUGGUUUAGGUCAGACGGUGUUAAUCUUAAUAUUUGCGCUACUUAAUGCGUAUUCUAAUCUGAGAGCUUCAAAUCUAUUACAUCAACAGCUUUUAUCGAAAAUUCUUCACGCUCCAGCUAGUUUCUUUGAUCACACACCUUUAGGUCGUAUAUUGAAUCGAUUCAGUAAUGAUGUUGACAAUUUAGAUCAUACCAUACCGAACUCAUUUAGUGAUACCAUCGGGACUACUGGAGAUGUUGUUAUUUCACUAGUGAUUGUUUCUGUUACUCUACGUCCAUUUGGAAUAGGAUUGGCAGUGAUUAUUCCUGUAUUUAUAUUUUGCAUAACUGUUUUAAUAUUUUAUAUGCCUUCUGUUAGACAAACACGUCGAUUGGAUGCAAAUACUCGUUCACCAUUGUUAACCAAUUAUAGUGAAACGUCAGCUUCGUCUUUAGGUGUCACUGUUGUUCGAGCAUUUAAACGUGAUAAGGAAUUUAUUGCUAAAUCUGAUAAAUUGAUUGAUGCUAACGCGGUUUUCGAAUAUGCACGCUUUGUUGCUAACCGGUGGCUAGAUAUUCAUCUAAAUUUAUCUUGUAGCCUUAUGGUAUUUGUGUGUGCUGUAAUUGUGGUUGCUUUUCGAUCAAAGAUAUCGCCUGGUAUCGCUGGCUUAAUCAUAGUUUAUGCUCUGCAAGUAUUUGAUUCGUUAACAUGGGUUAUUAAACAGUUAUCUCAAUUGGAAACAAGUUCUGUUUCAUUGGAAAGAAUAUGUGAAUACAUCCGAGUUGAACAGGAAGCUGACUGGGAUCAUGGAGUGGACAGUCCUCCUCCAAUUGAUUGGCCGAGACCUUGUUGUGAAAUCACAUUUAACAAAGCUACUGUCCAAUAUCAUUUGCCUUCAAAGAACAAAGUAACUGAUAAUCAUGACUUAUCACUUAGUCAAAAGACAUCGAAUUCUGGACGAUUAGUUACAGCAUUGAAAUCUAUUGAUCUUAAAUUAAGUGGUAAUCCACAAGAACGCCGUAUAGGAAUUGUUGGUCGUACUGGAGCAGGCAAAUCAUCUUUAGCAUCUAGUAUCUUUCGUUUAAUCGAGCCUACGAUAUUAGAAGAAGAUAGAUUAGAUAUACAUAGAACAUCAACUAAACGUGGUCCAAUUCUUGUUGAUGGAGUUGAUUUGUCACGAAUUGGCCUUCAUGAACUUCGAUCCCGAUUUAGUAUUCUUCCACAGGAACCGAUAAUUUUUGCUGGUACACUUCGAUUUAACUUAGAUCCAUUUGGUAAACUGCCUGAUAUCGAUUUAUGGCGUGCAAUAGAAUCUGCUCAUUUAACUGAUUGGGUUCGGUCGACUAAUGCCGGUUUAGAUUAUGAAUGUGGCGAAGGUGGAGCAAAUCUAUCUGCUGGUCAGCGUCAACUUGUUUGUCUAGCUCGAGUAUUCCUGUCUUCCGGUGGUCGUGUUCGUUUACUUAUUCUUGACGAAGCUACAGCUGCAAUGGAUCCAUCUACAGAUAAUUUAGUUAUGAAUACCGUAAUAGGAGAUCAGUUUAAAGACGCGACUGUUAUUAUUAUUGCUCAUCGUUUAUCCACUGUAAUGAACACAGAUAGGAUUGUUGUAUUAGAUCAUGGACAAGUGAUUGAAACUGGUCAUCCUCAAGAUUUACUUAGUAAUCCAAAUUCUCAUUUUGCAAUAAUGAAUAAAGUGAAACAGUCUUGAAUAAAUCUGUUUUAAAUGUAUUCAAAUUAUUGAUGAUACAUGUCAUAAUAAAGAAAAACGUAAAUAAAUCCACACCUUCGACUCUAUUUGUGCAAUGUUAUAUUCAUUGAUCAUUUGAUUACAUUAGAACAUUUUAUUAUUAUAAUAUAUCUGUAUAAUUCUUAUGUAUUUUUGUUCAUAAUUGUAUACUCUUUAUUAUGUAAUAAUUUAUUUCAAUUAGUUCUUUUUCCUCUUAGCUAUUAUUAUUACUACUAUCGCCAUCAUCAUUAACACCGUUAUUAAUAUUAUUAUUACUAUUGUUGUUUUGUUAGAUAGAAACACAUUAAGGUCAUAUUCAACGAUUAUUUUAUAGUGAAUAAUAAACAUUUUCAGUCAUCUUGAAUAGAUUACAAAUGUCCAUUUUGUUUAUAUCAAUUAUAUUCAACGUGUUUCAUGUUAUUCUAUUUUGUUUUGAUUUGUAUGAAUAAAAUUUUAAUGACUUAUACUGAUGAAGUGAUCUUAUCUUGUCAUUUAAAGUUAUGAGAGUUUUCAAUUCAAUUAUAAGUAAAAACUUCCUAAUAUAUGUGUAUAAUUAUUCUGUAGGUUCAAAGUAAUGUAAACUAUCAUUUAUAACGGUCUCAAGGUCACAAAUAUCCAUCGAUAAAAUCACUAAAAGUCUAGAAAAUGCUGAAACCGCUUCGUCUAAUCGGAAUUGAAUAAAAGCUUCUCAUAUACAUAGUUCCCUUCAUUAUUUUGAAAACAUCUGGAAAGAUGAAGGAUUUUCUUAUGAAUUGAGACAAUAACUUAUACGAUGCAAUUAAUUCAACAAUCAGAAUUCUGAUUACAGCUUUCCCUUUGUUCCACUUUUAUUUCUCCAUCCGUAGCCUAGCGGCCUAGACCUGACCAGUUAUGCGUGUGAUCUGGAUAUUUAACGUUGAGCCCCAACACAAGAUAUGCUCCUAUCAGUUCAUUAUCUACAAAAUUUCCCCUAUCCCAUGCCUUGAGCCCAAAGGGAAAUCAAUAGCCUGUUAAUUAAUUGUGAUAUUGCAGGAUACGUUGUAUAGUUGGAAAACGAGAUUUGUCGUGAGAUGAUUGAUUAUUUUGCAAGUCUGUUUUUGAUAUGAUGUGGUUUAAAGCGGGGGACCUUGAAUAUAGGUUCUUUACUAGGUGAUACUCGUCAGUAAAUUUAUCUGGAGUCCUGAUGGGACUGAUGCUUCUUGUAAGUUUUCAGCCUCAUCCUGAGACUUUACUACUGAAUUUUUUUAGUUCGGGACUGACUUAAUUUGGAUCGCAGUGUUUAUACUGAUCAGUCUUCAAGCAGUAGCCAAUGUGGCUUUUGACUACUUCUUUAGUGAUAGGAUUCUAUCAAUGAGUUUCAGUGUUUAUUGCUAACUACCUCCAACCUUUUAAUAUCUUGGAAUUUUUCAUGCGUUAUCGAAUAGAAUAUAAGAAAGAGUGAGAUAGAAAUGAAUGAAAUCUGAAAGCAGUCAUGAUGGACGUAGGUAGUGGUAGUGUGGGUUCGUUGACCGGAAAAAGACUUUGCGACCUUGAUACUCAAUUCAUAAAAUCCGCAUUUAAUCAGUGUCCGUAGGUAUUACAUCUGCCUUGCACCUUCGAAGUGCAAAGUACUUUUACAAGACUGGCAGGACCCUGAUCCUGCACUUACUCUGAGUAGUGAGGGGCUGGAAGUAGUUGAGAAGAUGGUGUAUCUGGGUAGGUGCAAAAGUGCAGGCGGUUGUAUGAGUGAUGUGAUCAAUUGAUGUGUAGUGAAAGCUAGAGCGGUUUAUGCCAAUGUUGGCCAUUGUUGGUGCCUUGAUGAUGUUAGUCUGACUGUAAAAGAUCUGACCUACAACACGUCGUGAGAGCAGUUUUGCUUUAUUGUUGUUGAAGCUGGCCUCUUGGAGUUGAGGAUGUUAGAUGACUCUCUGUGUUUAAUGAUCGUAAUCUCCGAAGGAUUGAUGACAUCUAGUGGCAACGCCAUGUUAAUAAUGCGGAUGUUCGUGCGCAGAGACGACAAUUGUGUUGGUGUGACCAUCUUGAAAUAUGGACUUUGGUGGCUUGGUCGUGUACUACGGAUGUCGUCCCAGAGAAUAUCACAUCGUGUAUUACUUACAUACGCUGGUAGUGGUUAGAAGAAGUGGAGUUGUUCAGUGUAUGACAUGGUGUUGUGGUAUGAAAGAAAGCUGUAGAGAACUGUGUUUUGUUUGUCGUUCACGACUUUCUUGUUUGGGUCCUAUAAAUUGUACAACACAGUGGCUAGAUAGGUUAUGAGAUAUGGAUGAGAAUGGAAGCCAGUGGCGAUCCUGGUGUAUUUUUUCUUUUACUUUCUUCAUUGGAAGUGGACGUAACUUUUCUAACUGGAAUAAUUCUUUCUAGUUGUACAUUUGCUAACUGAAUUGUUUCUCCCAUUAUUAUUGUUAUUUCACUCACAUAUACAAUUUUCUGUUUAGAUGGUGGUUGGAGGUAGUCAACAGGAAACCCUGGACCCGGGUUUCGUGCUACUUGGCACUCGUCAGUAAGGUGUACCUGUAAUCUUGAGGGAACUGGUGCUCCUUGGCGGAUUCGAUCAUCACCACCCAGUGAUCAAUCAGUUGUGAAAUUUCUGUUCUUUGUUGUUCUGUUUUACUAUACCUACUUUACAUUCUAUGUCUUCAUAACCUAAGUGUUAUUGUGUGACGCAUUUGUAGGUGAUGCUCUCUUGUAUCAAUGUCUAUGUGUUCAAAUAAAUCAGUCAAUCGAUCGAUGUUAGGCCACCAUUGGAAACCUGAGCUCACUGGACGGCCGUUUGCGUUCUAGUAUGGGACUGCUUGGAAGUGGGCUUCCAUCAACCUGCACGCGGGAUUAGAACCCUGGACCCUUAGUGUCGUGCGAGAACGCUUAACUUCUAGACCACUAAGCCGGCAUCCAACAGUAUUAAUGUCUAAAUUCAACCGAUCUACUAAGUUGUGUGACCAUCUUCCAUUGUCUGAGGUAGAUACCUGACUACUUGAAACAGAUUGUCUCCAUUGGUCACUGUUUAUCAUUAUUAGUCCGAGAAUCACCUCACAAAGCUAGUCGCUGUCGUGGGUUCGAAUCCUUCGCAUGGGAUCAUGAAGGCGCACUGCUGAUGAGCACCAUACUAGGACGAAACGGCCCCCAGUGCUUCCAGAUUUUCAAUGGCGGUCUAAAAUUGAUCGAUUUAUGAUCUCAUUAAAAGAACUUAACAGUCUCUUCACAACUCCAUACUGUAAAUAAUUAAAUCAUAGACAGACGGUACGUCAUGAAAAAUUUCAUUAUAAUUUUGAACUACUGUACAAUAAUAAGUAGAUGUUUUAGACUGAUCGAUAUUCUUGGAUUAAAUAUGGUUAGAUUUGAGAAAUUCUAAGUUUGUUAAAUUGUCAGUAGUCAAAACUGUAAUAAUCAUCAUAAGUCAAGCGAAACAAUUAUAAAUAAAUUAAUGGUAUUUUGAAGAGAGUUAUAAUUUCAGCCACAUGUAUUUUCAGUUGUAAAUAACGUAUGUAACUCCUUGAAAUAUAAUGAAAAUUAUCUGAUGAUGAGUUUUAUCCACUACGUAAUGAUAUAAACGAUGAUAAAAAAAUAUUUUCAAUCGUUUGAUUGACAUUAGUAUAAAAUCAAUGAUUUGAAAAGAUUGUCAGCUGGGAAUUUCCUAAUCUUCAUACACAUUACCUAGUCAUUAAAACCAUGCUACAAAGAUAGAAUACAGAUAUUUGUACGUUUAAUGAUAAGAAAUUAGCAAGUUUUUCUUUUUACAGAUUGCCUGCUUAUGCACCUUUGAAGAUUUUCCUUAUCAAAUUUUUUUCUUCUUCUUCUUCUACUACUACUAUUACUACUAGAAUUCUAAAUUUUUACCUGUUCAGUAAACUGUUUAAUAAAUGUCAGAAGGGGUUUUUUGAAGAUUUUAGAAAUUUUCACUGAUUGUGAUCAUUAGUCAAUUGAAGCCAGUCCACCAUGGAAAACCUGGGAGCACUGGACGGCCGUCCUAGUAUAGGACUCCUCAGCAGUGCGUAUCUACGAUCCCGCACCCCGCGAGAUUCCAACACAGGACUUAUCAGUCUCGCGCCAGGCGCUUAACCAACUAGACCACUGAGCCGGCCGGCAUCCAACGGUGUUAAUGUCUAACUUCAAGCAAUCCAAGAAGUUGCGUCACCGUACACCAUUGUCUUCAGUGAGUUGAUAUCUCACAACAGACCUGGUUGAACUCCACUGGUAACGGCUUCUCACUAGAACUCCUGGAGUAUCUCUUGAAGUCAGUCACUAGUGAGCAUACGAUGAUUAUUAUCAGAAGGGUUUUGUGGAGAUUUUAGAAAUUUUCACUGAUUGGAUGCGCACUGCUGAGGAGUCCCAUACUAGGACGAAACGACCGUCCAGUGCUUCCAGGUUUUCAUUGGUGAACUAGCUUCAACUGACUCAUUAUUUCAAUCAGUGAAAAUUCCUAAAAUCUCCACAAAACCCCUUCUGUUUAAUAAAUGGUCAGUUUUUAUAAACUGUUUUGUUUGAAGUAAGUUAAUUAACGUUCAUUUUCAAAAUCUUACUGUAUUACUCACUGGAUCUCCAAUGUUGAUAUUUUUCAGCAAGUGGAAAGGUAUAGGGAAUGACAUAUAGUUUUGAGAUAAUGGAGAAGAUUUGUAGCUCAGGUGGAUGAUUUUGAUGGCGUUUUGUUUGGAUGUUCCUAUUCAUGUUUGAAACUGAAAUUGAUCAGUUUCUCUCAGCAUUUGUGCCUCGAUAUUGCUAUUAGAUCACAACCAUUUUGAACAGAGAUGGAUUGUGAUUAGCUGUGGAAUCCGAAUGAAUGUAUAUUUCUGUUGGGGGCUCAUAUUAAUCCAAAUGCACUUCAGAUUUUAUGUUCACUCCGGGACUCUAAUCCAGUACCUGUGUCUUCAAAAUACAUCACAUCGUCGACUCAUCUACUGAGUUUAGAUCGCCACAGGCUUAUGAAAUAAUGUGAAUUUUGAAUCAUAUAUGUUGGCUGCUUGGAUCUUUUUGAUGUAUUUAUGGUUUGAAAAAAGUUGGCUUGAUCAUAACCUGAAUGAACUUGGGUAUUGUAUUAUGAAUUUUUAUGGGUUUAAUCUAAGAAAAUUGGAAACUUUGACCAUCCCGCAUUAUCAGUAAGUUUUCAUAUGGAAUGACGAUUGUUUACGUCACAAACUUGCAUCGUUUGUAGCAUCACUAAUUAACAAAGGAACAAUGAACAGUUUUGCCAGGACAGAACCUCAUCAUCAUGUUUUCAGUUCUGUUAGUGAACGGUUAUUCAUGAGAAUUACCAAACUAUCAGGAAUCAGCUGUUUAAUGUCUCCUGGGCACAUGUUUCAGUAAUCUUAAUUAGUGAACAGAUGUUUCUUUUUCUCAUUACAGCCAGUAUUCAUAAAUCAUUUAAUAUAAGAUUUCCAACAUGAUGAAGAGUAUAUUGUUUAUGUUAUGGAUGCUGAGGAAAAAUAUAGCAAUAAUUAUCGUGUUAAGUCUAUGGUGGCCUUGGACCUUAAAUGUACAUUUCCUAUUGGUCGAUGUUUAUUUCACUUGUUAAAUAUUGUACAAAUGUUGUUUUCUAUUUUAUGGUACGAUGUGGUUUGUUUGUUUGGUAUAUAAAUAGAGUAUGUCUGAAAUACAAUGAUUCAUAACUCAGAGGCUGUGACUUGUGUUCUUGACUCAACUGGCUAGGACAGACAGCGAAGCAGGGCCAAUCAGGGCACUAGGUCGUCCUUACGUGUUUACGUGUCACUGUCCACCGUAACCGGUCGAUAUAAACGCUGCUUAUCAAAACUUGCAGUCACACCCGUUACAACAGUUUAAAUAAGUAUAUGUGUAACCUUACCAAUCAGUGAUUGGUGAUGAAUGAUUGAUUUUUCUUAUUUCAUCUGAAAU